AUGUGCUACCUGGCGUGCUCCACUUUCCAGUUCAACCUUUUCACAUUUCUAUUCAUACCGCACUCAAGAAAAGGACAACGGACGAAGAGGGAAUUUUGUUUAAAAUUGAACACCAAAUCGGAGGGUUACACUUCACACCAUCGCAUUGUUAGUGAUAAAAUUCGCCACAAUCUGGACCUACAGCCAACUUCUUCACGGAACUCGGGAAAAUUUCCUGCCGACGCUAGUAAUGCAGUAUCGAAAGCGUUGAGGAAUCCGUUGAUCCUCGAAGUCAUCUUUGGCGAACUCAACAUCCCCGCCUUAAAGCAGGCCCGGCUCGUUUGCCACGAGUGGGACGAUGUGGCCGGUACCCUUUUAGGAAAAUGGACUUAUCUCCACGUCAACAAGGUUGUCUCGUUCAAAUCUGCCGCCGAAUUGUGCGAGAUCACCCCGGUUGCGGUCCACGACCAAGUAAUCCGGCGCCUCCUCAUCUCGGACAAAUUUGACCCGUCCAUUCCUGCCGAUGAGAAGGCUCUCGUUAUAAAAAAAGCCCUUAGCUCCGUAGCUCAUAAGGGGUCCCAAUUAACGCGUGAAAUUAAAUUUCGCGCCGCCGAAAAAGAAUUUAUUCCUGCUUUCCUGGAAGCAAUUAGGUCGUUUGGGUGCACAAAAAUGGAAAAAAUUGACCUCUCCAGUAUCUGGCGAGUCGGAAGUUACUACACAAUUCCACCUGAAACCUAUCAAAAACUCCCCCCUCAAAGUAAUCUAAGCUGGAUCAGGUUCAAGAUUUAUGCCGGAAUUGAACCUACCUUCCCCUUCGGGCCACACGAAUUCCAACCCUAUUUACAAAUCUGGCUCGAUGCAGCUACCAAUUUGACCAGGUUGGACGUGGCGACUAACUUCUAUCCGGAUUUGGAGGGGUGCAAGAAUCUCAAAUUUUUGAGAUAUAAAUUCGUGCGGUUGACCAGUUACGAAGUGUGGAAUCGGUAUCCCGACUUGAAUUUGGCGAAGGUGGCGAAAAUGUUGGGACAGGUGAAGAAUUCCUUGAUCGAGUUGGAAUUGCGGCACUCGAUCGUUGGUGCCGAAGCGGAGGCAAACAUUUACAUAUAAACAUUUUACAAUGGAUGUAAUCACCCUGUUUGCAGAAAUUUCGCAAAAUCAGCAAGUUUAAAAAUUUGAAUUGUGAGGAGGGGAUUGUUGAACAUGGUUUUGAAAAGUUUCGAGCUUGUAUCCCUUUCUGAUUUGGUUUCCAUUUCGUGUAAUUUUUGAUGGGUAGGAUGAAAACUGGUUUUGCGAAGUUUCGUAAAAUAUGUACGUAUAUAUUUUUUAUGCUUAAACGUAAUACUCAGGAUAGAUUUUUUCCGCGUUCUCUGCUUUGGAUUAGAUUACUUUUCCUUGAAAUUACUUAAAUUUAAAAACAAAGUGUACCGAAUAGGAGUGUCUCUGUUUCAAGCUAACUAGAAAAUAUUACUGGUCUUACGUUCCUAUUUCCUGAUUUUCUUUCUCUUUGCCGUGGAAAAUCCGCCCUGAGUACUAGACUUUAAUUUUCAAGAUAAGCAAUUCCCAAGGUUCCCGUGAGUCGGCUGAAUAUAUAAAUCCUUGAUAUUUUCGAUCAGUCA